UUCAGCCAUGGAGUACAUACCCUGAGCGUUUAUCGGGGUCUCGACACGAGAAGACAGACAAACAAAAACAAAGCCUUGCCAUUGUGACCUGUUUGCUUUCCGCUUUCGGACUGAAGGACCGCAAUCUACACUAGCUGUACCCCACUGACGUAUACCAUGAUUGCAGAGGUGUUGUGUAGAAAAUGUACCAAGCCAUGUUCUGGGGAGGCUUUGCUGCAUGAAAAUGCCUAUUACCACGAGAAUUGCUUGUGUUGCUCCGUGUGUGGACAAGGUUUGAGAUCCAAGCCAUUCUAUGUCAUGGGGGAGCAGUAUUACUGCAAGGAUGACUACCAGAACCAGUAUGGCAAAAAGUGUGACUCCUGCCAGCUGUACCUUGAAGGGGAGAUUAUUUCCAUCCACGGGAAGAACUUCCACGAGGCAUGCUUUGCUUGCAACUGCUGCAGGCAGCCAUUUCCUCCUAGUGAAAAGAUUAUCUUCACUGGGACAGACUAUCUGUGCCAAACAUGCAACAAUGCCCCUAAGGCUCCAACAACCAAGGUGUCUUCUCCAUACCUCCACACGGGUAUGGUGUUGCCUCGUACCAAUGGCAUGGCAAAUGUAGCCUGUGCUGGGUGUGGUGAGGCUAUCAAGGGUAGCCAGGCGCUGCUGGCUCUGGAGAAGCAGUGGCAUCUGUGGUGCUUCUCUUGCACUAAGUGCCACUGUCUGCUCUCUCUGGAGUACAUGGGCAUGGAUGGCAAGCCAUACUGUGAGAAGGACUACCAGGAACUGUUUGGUGUGACUUGUGCAGCCUGCAAUGGCUACAUCACAGGAAAAGUUCUGCAGGCAGGGAACAAGCACUAUCACCCGAAGUGCUCGCGCUGUGCCAGAUGUAACAAUAUCUUUGGUGAAGGAGAGGAGAUGUUUUUACAAGGUAAUGAGAUCUGGCACCCAAAAUGCAGCGAUGAGGCUGCCUUGGAGGAGAAGAUGCGACUAGAGCAAGCUGCCGCUCCUCAGCCACCACAGCGAACUGCUGCCAGCCGUGACUGGAAGGACUCCAAGCCAGCUCGUCCACAUUCUUACCACGAUACUGCAUCAGCCCUGCGAAACUACAAUCCAGUCAAGGCCGGCGCUGUGUACCGAGGUGAAGACGGCGCUUUGGGUAUUAAACCAAAAAAAGCUAGUGCGCCACGUAUUCGCCGCUACAGCGAUGAAAAUAAAGCUCCUUUGAAUGCAAGCGCUGAAGUGCCACCGGCACCAAUGGCAUAUUUCUCCUACGACGAGCUAGUCACUACUAACCCAAGACCGCCCAAGGGCGUGGAUAAGACUAAACUAGAGACGUACUUGACCGACGAGGAAUUCAUGAAGGUGUUCUCGGUGACUCGGUUUGAGUUCUAUGCCAUGCCAACAUGGAAACGAAAUAACAUGAAGAAGAGCGUUGAUCUUUUCUAGUUCAACUAUUCACAGAAAUACUACAAACUGUUAGUUGCGGAUUUUAAAGGUUUCUAUAUCACCUCAAGAAUCAGAGAGGUCUCAAGUAGAAUUAGUAUCGGAAGGGUUUAAGUGUUCUGUUUUUCUCGGGUUUCACUAUUCUUUCUAAGUCUGAUAAGCUUGUCGUGUUUUCGUCUGAAUUUAGCAUCUUAGGGUUGGAACCUCCGGGUUACGAUAUUAUGCGACAGUCUUUGGAUCCCAACAGCGCGAUCUUACUUUUGGCGGAAAGAAUACAGAACGGUGAAACCCUUCCAAUUUAUCAUUUGGUUUUAAACUAGCAUGCGUAACAAUCCAUAUGAAACUUAUGCAAUACUAUGCCAGUAACUGAUAGACUAACACAAUGUUCUCCUAGUAUAUACAUCUUCAUAUGGUUCGUGCACUAACGCCCCGUGCAAUCAUAUCAAUCAGCAUUGCCAGCAAAGUCUCGCCCUACUGACCACAAGACAAGGAUAUGACAAAAAAAUACAUUUUUUAACGAAAACACCCUGUUUUUAUAAAAGCUAACAGCAUACAACUCCAAUCUCGUGUUGAUUCAUCUCCACAAGAAAAGGGUCACACUGGCAAACUACUCAUACAUCUCCGUCUCACUAGCAAUGUUGCGGUUUGCAAGUUAUUAUGUUACCACCCAAAUCUCCGAAACUUUGUUCAAUAUGUUGUUUUGUAGCACUGAUGCUCCCACUGGGCAGUUAGAAAUCAAGUAAGACAGGCCCGUACCCAGGGGAGGUGCAGGGGAUGCGCACGCACCCCCCACAACGGCCGAAGGUCCACUUUCGCUUCUCAAUAGACGUGCUAUUAGGAGACAGAACUAUAAAGCAUAAGCUAGAUCAGUCUGGUAUUAGCCAAAUCCGGCAAUAAACAUCCCGUGGAAAGGCAUAGGCAAAGGCAUUAAAAAAAUCCUUUCUUUUGUUUUUUCGGGGGUGUUCAGAUUUUCAUCAGAGAACCCUCCCCCCCCCCCCCCCCCACCCCCCGGAAAAAUUAGAUUUCGGACCCCCUCCCAAGAAAAAUCCUGGGUACGGGCCUGUAAGGUAUUUUAAUCAUAACUCCAAAUGUAUUCUAAUAAUAAAAUAUAUGUUAAAAACGUG